GGGAGAGAAAGCUGAACGUUCAGCCCAGGUGCAUAUGCUCUCAUUAGGAAGAAGAGACUACAAUGUCACAGACCAGAUGAAAUUCAGUUCACCAUUCGGAUAUCCUCAGUGGAACAUGACAUUUUCUGGAUCGGUUAAAAGAUCGUUUGGAAGGUUAAGGACUGCUUAAUUUCUAGGAGGUGCUGCCAGCUGGGGAUCUAUGACACAUCAUGUAAGUCGAAAGAGUGAGGUGGACAUUCUGAGGAUCUAAUCAUCUGUGGUGUAGGAUUUCCACCACAUUAAUUAAACCACUGACUCAUUUUGAAGGCUGGUUUGAAUAACAGCAGCUUUUAUGAUUCAACUGACUACUGAAAAUGCUGUGGAACAUGCAUUGGAUUUUUUCUCUUGCCAUGACACUCCUCCUCCUGCUGCUGCGUGGCUCAACCGGCAGUUCCACUAUGAACUCACCAAAACCAAGCAUCUCUGAGUCGGUGACUUCCCCUCUGCCGAAGGCGGGCUCUGGAGGGACUAAUAAUGAAGAUGACAGACCUCCCUCCUCCUCUGUGACCUCUGUGACCUCUGCAGGGACUGAGCAUAAUAUCAGUCACCGAAUCUCUCAGACUUUGGAGAGCUCAUUAAUGUCCUUAACACAAAUUAAGAAAAAUUCUGGAGAUGGAAGUGGAAUUCAAGAGGGACAUAAUGAGUUGAAACAAGGGAUGGCCCCCUCGGUCAGCCUUCUGGGAGAAAACAUGAUUGCACAGGAGCUGGAUGAAAAAAGAGACGGGGAAGAUACACGGUACCACUCUGCACCUCCCUUGACGCAGCGGCAGAUUCAGUCAAUGGAUGGCUGGCCUCCUGACAUUACUGAGAUGCAAACACCACAGGGUGUUAGCUCCACCGGUCCUAAACAAGGCACAUCAACACGGAGUAUCCCAACCACUACUUCUACAUUCUCACCAGUUAAGUCUGCUAGCAGUGAUUGGCAGAGUAUGAUAGAGGCCAUUAAUACUUUCCAAAAAGAAGCAAAUCUGCAUUUCACAACGACCCAGACACUUCCAGACAUUCCAACCCUAAAUGGGAAAGGCAGUGACGACAGCAUGGAAUCAAAUAUUGCUCAGGGGAAAGACACGGGUAUAGUGCAAGGGCAUUCUGAGGACAUUACACCAGAUGGUGCCACUGUCUCUGCUGAUCAGCUGCCCAGCUCCCAGCUCACUCGAGCUGAUUCAAGCAUCACUACAAACCCUCACUUACCGCACCUACAGAAUAACGGCACACACAUGGUUACACAAAAUAUCCAAUCACAUCAAACAGCGCUAAGCUAUGCUCUUCAGAUCCACGGAGUCCUCUGGAUUUACGGCCUGCUCGGGGACUGGAGGCGCUUCGGCUGGGGCUGGUGGUUGGGUCAGUUCUCCGCACGACUGUUGGAACUGACGUGGAGCUACUCCCUGCUCCUGCUGGCGUCGUGGGUUUUCUGGAGACCCAGGGGCAGCAAUCGCAGAGGAGAGGGGAGGCCAGAGGCAACACAGAGGGGGAGGCUGGGAUCUUGUUGGGACAGGAUGCUGGAGAACUUGCCCAUGGGGCCCUGGAGAAUGCCAGACAGACACUGGGCAGAGCUUAUACCCAACAACUGGGCAGCCCACCAACGUGCCAACGCAGAUGUUGGCACCUCCGUGAGUCGUAACUAUGACGAUGUCACAACACUACAGGGUCGAAAGGACAGUAAUUCAGACAGCACCACGAACAGCACCAUGUGUGACUCCUACCCCACACCUCUGUGGUCACAUGGACUCGACUGGAGUGAAAGGGAUUGCAUCUUGUCUCUCAUUGAGUUUGACUUGUGUCCCCCAUCACCCAUCAGUCUUACUCGCAGCAUUGACAAUGCACUCCACUUCGAUGACAUCCCAGGUCAGGGCUGCCUCUUCACACCACCUCCUCCAUCUUGGACUCAAGGCCUGGAGCCAUACUGUCCGCAAACAGGCAGUGCCACUGCCCCUUCGACACCCACACAUAUCGCCUACAGGUGGGCUCUGGAUGCUGCCUCCAGUCCUGUGCGGCCUCAAUGCUUUAGGGGCUCGCUGCACCACUCCCAACCAUUGGGGUCAGAAGGUCAGUCUCCUCUAUCUACAAAAGACCUCAACCUGCACUUAGAGGAAUCAGACGACUGGGGCAGCACGGGUAGUACAGACGACAUCACUGACCUAUAG